AUGGCUGACGAUAAAGAAGUGGAAAAAACUGUCGCAGAAGACUUGGUUGUAACCAAGUAUAAAUUAGCGGGCCAAAUUGUGAACCGUGUUUUAGAACAAGUUAUUGCUAAAUGCAUACCAGAAGCGUCUGCACGUGAAAUAUGUGAAUUUGGUGACAAAUUGUUGCUUGACGAAACUUCUAAAGUCUUCAAAAAAGAGAAAGAUUCCAAGAAAGGCAUCGCAUUUUCGACAUGCGUAUCUGUAAACAAUUGUAUAUGUCAUUUUUCGCCAAUACCAAGUGAAACGGACUACAUCCUGAAAGAGGGUGAUCUAGCUAAAAUUGACCUUGGAGCUCAUAUAGAUGGGUUUAUAGCAGUGGUAGCACAUACAGUUGUGGUGGGCGGUGGUGAAGUGUCUGGCAGAGCAGCCGAUGUCUUACUAGCCGCUCACUAUGCUAGUGAAGCCGCUUUAAGACUCCUCAGACCUAGCAAUGAGAACUAUGCAAUCACCGAUGUUGUUCAAAAGAUAAGCGCAGAAUAUGGCUGUAAGCCAAUCGAGGGUAUGUUAUCCCAUCAGCUGAAACAGUUCAGAAUUGAUGGAGAAAAGAGCAUUAUUCAGAAUCCUUCAGAAGCACAGCGGAAAGAACACGAAAAGGCUACUUUUGAAACUUAUGAAGUUUAUGCUAUGGAUGUACUAAUCUCCACUGGGGAAGGUGUUGGCCGUGAAAUGGAUACUAGGUGUACUAUAUACAAGAAAACAGAUGAAAUCUAUCAACUUAAAUUAAAAUCAUCUAGAACAUUCUACAGAGAAGUCAGAAAUAAACAUGGGUCAAAAUGCCGUUUAAAGGUUAAGAUCCUUUGA